AUGCAGCAGGAUUCUGAAGACUCUUUGGUAGACUCAUUGAAGAACUGUGGAAUCGGAGCUACCUCUAGCUGUCUUGCUACAUUUCUGACGUUUCCAAUUCACAAGACAAUUUUUAGACAGCAAAUCCAUGGUUUUGUUAUCCGAAAAGCUGUCACUCAACUCUGUCAAGAAGGCCUCAUCAAGUUUUACAGAGGAAUUCUUCCUCCACUCCUAGCCAAGACCAUUCAAGGUACCUUGCUAUUUGGUGUUUACGGUAGCCUCAUUAGAAAUAUCGCGACGGACGAUGCACAUUUGUUACAUCGCUGCAUUGCAGGAACCCUAUCUGGAAUCAUUGAAGCAUUGGUCUUAACCCCAUUUGAACGUGUCCAAAAUGUCCUUCAGGACCACAGGAAAGAUGCAAAGUUUCCCAAUACCCACAGUAUCCUAAAGGAGUUUAAUUCUUACAGCUUUAAGGAUACGUUACAGCUUGGGUACUAUCGAGGCUUCCUCCCCAUUCUGCUGCGGAACGGAACAGGCAGUGCCCUUUAUUUUUCUUUUAAAGACCCAAUUAAGAAUUUAUUCUUGGAUCAAGGUGUUCCUAGUGGCAUUUCUGCUUUUGUUUCUGGGAGUUUCAAUGGAAUGAUGGUAUGUUUCAUCCUCUAUCCACUUAGUGCGGUGAUUGCAAAUGUACAAUCACAUGUUGGAGAAGAGAAAAUGAGCCUUUGGAAUUUCAUUGCAAAAUUCUGGGUAUCCCGUGCCCGUAGCCUAUUGUACAUAUACAGAGGUGGCUCUCUGGUCAUACUGAGGUCCUGCAUAACCUGGGGAAUAACUACUACUAUUUAUGAAUUUUUAAAGGCUUCACAAUAG